UUUUUUACUCAUAAUACAUAUGAUAUAUUAAAUAAACUUAGCAUGUAUAUAUAUAUAAGGCCAUUAGCAGAGAAGAAAACCCAAUCAAUCAUUUAUCUAACAAUAUAUAGCAUAUAAUCAAAAAUAUUAAGGGAACUCUCUGUUUCAUUGCAAAUUAGGUUAUCAGUCAAUAUUCAAUAGCCAUGGCUUAUGAAAGAGUCCACAGCCGCGGUGCAGAUCAUCACCUAAGACAAUCAGGAGAUUUAAUAAGUUCUCUUCCAGAUGAGAUUCUUCAACAAAUCCUCUCCUUAAUUCGGACCAAGUUCGCAAUCAGAACUUCCAUCUUGUCUAAACGAUGGAGGCAUGUCUGGUUAGAUACACCUUCUCUCUCCUUUGAUAGCUUUUCGCUGAAGGCUCAUACCAUAAACCAAACCCUAGCUCGCUACACGGCUCGCAAGAUGAAAACGUUUCAUAUCUGUACACGCAUGAGACAGAAUGUUCCAUACAUUGACACGUGGAUAAAGUUCGCCAUGUCCCGGAACGUGGAGAAUCUGACGUUGCGUUUCGAUCAUCUUCCAUCCUCCAAUAUGCCUGAAUUCUUCUACAAUAAUUCUUCUGUUGAACAACUUAGCCUUGAGUUGCACUUUUCUCCUAUGAUUCCCAUAUGCUAUGUGCCUUGGACAUCACUCAAAAAGCUAUCAUUGAGUUCUUGCAAGCUCUCUGAUGAAUGUACUGCUACGAUUCUAUCUUGCUGUCCCAUUCUCGAGAGCGUAACUUUGGAUUCAUGCGAUCAACUGAAUGUUCUUGAUCUCAGCAAAUCACAGCACUUGACAACAUUAGAGAUAGAUCAAUCUCUAGGGCCAACACAGAUUGUGGCCCCAUAUAUCCGUUAUCUCAGUUUGACCAACUUUAAGUUGCCAUGUACUUUAGUCGAUGUCUCCUCUUUAACCGCAGCUAUACUAGAGACUAGCUUAUGCUUAUUUAAGAACCUGAAGUCAGAAGAUAUUCUAGUAGUGUUGCUAAAAAUGCUAGAGAAGUUGCGGGAUGUAGAGAAGCUUACUUUUAGUGCAAAAUUUCUCCAGACUUUAUCUCUUGCACUGGCGCUGGGACGUUGUCCUUUUCCGAGUGUCAAGGUCAACGAUUUGACUUUGGAGACAACUCUCUCUAGUGUUGAAUUUCCUGGCAUAGAAAAGCUUCUGCAAAACUCACCUGGAGUAAAGAAGCUAACUCUACACGUACUGGAACCUGGAACCGUACCGCUAUUGAUACCUAUAAUGAACAUAGACUACCAGAAUCUGGAGUCGGAACAUGUGGUUUCCUUCAUCAAAGUUUUGCUUAAAUUCACAAAGACGUUAGAGAAGGUGGUCGUAAGGUUGGCAUGCUAUAUUGAUGGAAGAGGCUUUGAAGAAUUGCUUGGAAUGGUUUCGAUGCUUUCCCACGAGUACAAUGUCUCUAUUGUUCUUAGCUCAACCUGCCGAAUCAGAGGGCGUAGCCUUGAAUGUUAUUGAAUAUUUUAUAUCAAACCUCAGUAGUUUAAAUAGCAAAGUUUUUCUAUUUCUUUAGGUUUGUUAUAACUCUAGUAAGGAAAUAAUUAUGCAAUGUGACGAAUUAUUAUUUUUGAAUUAUGAUUCAUACCAAUAUUUUCAUUAGGGGGUGGACAAAAUAUCCGGAUCUUCUGGAAAACCUAAUCAAACCCAACGCGAAAAAACAGCAUCGGACCUGAAACAAGGGUGAUUAAAUAUCUGAAUGGAUUCAAAAUUCUAGUACUUGAAUAACUGACUGGAACCGAAAUAUUUUAGAAGGUGUCCAAUGAUAAUUAAAUCACAAUUUAAGUAUAUACAUUAUUUUAGAUUUUGUAUCUAUAACAAAUUCAAAUUACAUGAUAAUUUUCUAAAAUACUCACAAGUAAAUAUCUAGAAAUAGCCAAAAUGCGGAAAAAACAGAAAUAUCAGAAAUACCUAUUUAUUUUUGGAAAAUUGCCAAAUAUGGCUCACAACUUGAUUUAUAAUGCAAAAGUAAAAUCAAACUUGAAUCAAAUGCAAAAGUAACCUAAAAGGUUAUUGAAAUUACAACUAGCCCCUUGUGAACAAACAAAAAAACCGAAAUAUUUUAGGAGGUGUCCAAUGAUAAUUAAAUCACAAUUUAAGUAUAUUCAUUAUUUUAUAUUUUGUAUCUAUAACAAAUUCAAAUUACAUGAUAAUUUUCUAAAAUACUAACAAGUAAAUAUCUAGAAAUAGCCAAAAUGCGGAAAACACCAAAAAUAUCUGAAAUACCUAUUUAUUUUUCACCUAAAAGUUCAAAUGGAACUAACUUUUAUGUUCUAGAAAUACGUGAAAAGAAUUUAAAUUUCUAUCCCCGAAAACCCAAAAUCCGAAUAGACUUGAACCAAACCCGAGUAGAUGAUACCUGAGUGAUCAACCCUAGUUUUCAUAUCUGAUUCAGAUUUCGCGGUCUGGCCGAUAAAUCAAGAUGACCCAUAAAUAAUUUGGUUUGAAAAACUUUUUAAUUAAAAUUUUACCAUUAACCCAUGAUUGGAUGCUAGUUGCCCGAUAAAAACCUAGAAAAUAAAACAUAAUGGUAUUUUGAAAAAAAAGUAAAAUUUUAUAUACUAUUUAAUAAAACAAAAAAAUAAAUAAAUAAAUUUCUUAAUUCUGAUGAAACUUUUUCUAUAUUAUUUUGAUGAAAAUGAAGAGAAGGAUAAGAUAUUUAUUUAUUGACAAGUUAAUGACAAAUAGAGUCCGGGUAAAUCCGUCUAAGAAAAAAAUAACUAACCUGAAAAGCAUUAAUUUCAUUCAAUUAAAUAUAAACUUGCCCUUCCUCCUCACCAUAACAAACAAUCUUGCGUAUGGGGAAGAUACAACUCAUGGGGUCAAGGAACUUACGGAGGAGGGAGACAUCGUUACACUCGGAACUGGAACCUUUAAAGUGGGCAAUGGAGAGCAUGAUACAACACUCGACUUGUCAAGAGUUUGGGACGGACUGCAAGGAUCUGAUAGCAAUGAUGGAACAGCCACAAGAUUGACCCAACUUCUCAACUGAGCUGGAAAACAUUCAAACUCUUCGGUUGUGUUUUUCAGACUUCAAGAUUACCUAUAUUCCGAGGACGCAGAAUGAGAUUGCGGAUGCGCUUGCUAGAAAUGCACGUUCUUUUCAUAGAUCAUUAUGUUUUAUUGGUUGUUCUAUUCCGGUCUGGCUUCCCAGACCACCUCAAGUUUGAGUAAUAGAAGAGCCGUUUGCUGUAAAAAAAAAAAAAAAACAAACAAUCUUGCGUCUUCUCCAAGAA